UGUUUUUUUAGCUUUUUCUAUUAAAGCUAUUAAAAAAUGGAUGAAAAUUUUAAUGAAUUGCCUGAGUUGGAUGAAAUGACAAAUCUUGGCUCUCAAGAAAAUUAUGUUGCUGUUAAUCUCCAGGGAACUGGUAUUGAUUUAUCUGUGCUUCGUGCUGGAAAAGAAACAGAGUUUUCUGUUGAUCCAUCAUCUGUUGAUCUACCAGAUAAUGAAGAGUCAAGGUAUUUCGAGCAAGAAGAGCUUUUUAAACAACUUAACUAUGAAUGCAUAGAUGAUGGUUGUGAUUCUUCUGACGAAAAGUCAACACCUUUUGAAAAAAUAAAAAGAGGUAUGGAAGACAUUACAGGAUGUGGUUUGGUUUUAAAAAAAAUUAUGAAACAAGGUUCCGGUCCAGUAAUUCCUCCGAAUUCUUUAUGUCGAGUUCACUAUAAUGGUUACAUAGAAUAUUCUGAUGAACCUUUUGAUUCCAGUCGUCUUCGUGGAAAGCAGCACCAGUUUAAGUUAGGAUCAGGCGAGGGUAUUGAAGGCUGGCAAAUUGCUAUUUCAACAAUGAAAAGAGGAGAAAUUUCCAAGUUUUUGCUUCAUCCAACUGUUGCAUUUGGAAAAAUGGGCUGUCCACCUCGCAUACCAAGUAACGCAGAGGUUUUGUUUGAAAUAGAAUUAAUAAGUUAUGUUGAUCAAUUAGCUUCUGAUGUUUUUCAAAAUUUUUCAAAAGAUGAACAGAUGAAAACACCUUUUGAAGAAAUUAUCAAAGUUGUUGAUUCUAUUCGAUUAACAGGUAAUGAGGCCUUUAUGGUAAAACAAUAUAAUAGAGCAUCAAGUAAGUACAGUCAAGCAUUACGCCUUUUAGAGAACACUAAUUUAAAAAAUGAAAAUGAGGAAAAAGAAAUGAAAAAAUGUGCUCUAAAACUGUAUCUAAACAUUUCUUUGUGUGAUUUGAAACAAGUGCGAUAUAGAAAAUCUAUUAAGUAUGCACGAAAAGCUUUAGAUAUUGACAAUAAAAAUGUUAAAGCCCUAUAUAGGUUAGCUCGAAGUCUUAGAUGUUUAGGAGAGUAUGAAGAAUCAAAACGACAGAUUUCUAAAGCCCAUCGACUUGAUCCCAGAAAUAAAGAGGUAAUGCAAGAGCUUUUAGAGUUAGAUGAAGAAAUGAAAAAAACACAGAAAAUUGAUCAGCAGCUGUCCAGGAAAAUGUUGAAUCUAACUCCUGAAAAAAAACCUGACAAAUCUCCUGCAAAAGAAACCCAACAAAUGGUACAUGUCGUUAGAGAAGCCUUAAAAGGAUUCAAGGAUAAUAAUGAAUCAGAAAUGUUUUUACCUAAAAACUUAACUGAAGAAGAAAUUCAAAGCAUAACAAAAGCUGCUGAGGAGCUUAAUUUACAUAUUAUUCAAAAGGAAAAUGGAAAAGACAAAAUUAUUCAAGUAACAAAAGGAACUUAGUUUUUUUUAUUUUUCUUAGAUUAUUUUUUUAGAUUAUAUUUGUUUCAAUAAAA